AUGCCUACAUUAAAUCAAUUGAUUCGUCAUGGUAGAGAAGAAAAACGGCGCACGGACCGUACUCGAGCUUUGGAUCAAUGUCCCUAGAAGUAAGGAGUAUGCCUGCGUGUUUUAAUGAGAACACCGAAAAAACCUAAUUCAGCUCCAUGUAAGAUAGCUAAAGUACGGUUGAGCAAUCGACAUGAUAUAUUUGCUCACAUUCCAGGCGAAGGUCAUAGUUUGCAGGAGGAACAUUCUAUGGUCUUAAUAAGAGGAGGUAGAGUGAAAGAUUCGCCAGGUGUGAAAUUCCAUUGUAUUCGAGGAGUUAAGGAUUUGCUGGGAAUUUCGGAUCGAAGAAGAGGCAGAUCAAAAUAUGGUGUGGAAAAACCAAAAUCAAUAUGAAUGGAAGAUGCCUCUGGAACUCCUUUUUCUCGGUAAGGAUAGGUACGAAGUCCCUCGACUGAAAGGAGAGGGAACAACCACAACGUUACACCCCAAAACUAUACGGAGCCCUUCCGAAUGACCUAGAAUAUAGUCUACUAGACUAGCCAAAAAAGAGUGAUGUAGACUAUAUUCGCCCGUGGAGGUGAGUGGAGGAAGCUGUGAAGCUUCUAACUCUAAUUACCAACUCGGGACUAUAUUAGUAUAAAGCGGCAUUAUCCCUUUACUAAAUCCUCCCUCGCUUACCACCAUGAACAAGACCUUUCCCGAUCAAUUGGUUUUUCAUUAUUGUUUAAGAAAGAUGGCAAAUCCUACCAUUGUAUUUCCUUUUUCACUUGGAUCCUAUCAAUUUAGAGAGUGUCUAGAUUAAGACACUUCUCGUAUUUGGACUAUCAAGAUCGACUAAAUGAGAGUGUGGCUGACAUGGUAAAAGAACAAAUCAGCCACACUUGUCUGGACCCCUUUUUUUACAAGCUUGAAUUCUACUCCCAGCAGGACAAACUACACAACAUGUAAUAAAAAAUUUUAUAGGAGAAGAAAAUGAAGCUAAUUUAUAGCUCUUGUCAUAUAUCUAUAAUAGCUUCCAAUAAUGUUGAAUAUAUAGUGAAUUUUUUGCGCAAGCCGUACAUAUUGCGUUAACAAUAAUGGGGGGAGGUGGUUUUGGUUAGUUAAAUAGUUGUUGUAGUUUGAGUCCUCUCGAGGACGGGCGGGCCCUUUUUUUUGGGGAAAGGAUAGUGGGUAGGGCUUAUCUUUCUCCCAGACUACUUUACUCACUGGAAAUCAUUCCACGUACAGGAUCUGGGAAAAAAAAGGCUCGAACUAUAGGGAUCUGAUACCUGGCUUUCUUGGUAUGAGAAGUUGGUUAUGAAGGCUGACAACCUUUCCUAGGUUGUUUCAAUCAAGCCAAAUAAUCGAUUUGGAGUAUGCCUGAGAUUGUCAGAAGAACUUCCCCCUCUUGAAAACUGACUAAUCAAACAAAGGGGGUCCCUUUUUUUUAUGAGGGUAGGGAGUUUGGGUUGGUGUGAAGUGUACCGCACUUUCGGUACAAGAUCGCAAAUUCCAUUCUCUUUUUUACCAUCUAAAAUCGAAGAAAAGAAAGAUGGGUGAGAUAAACAAAUAAAGAGUUAACUUUCUUUAAACUUUCUUUAUUAUUAUGUAAGAUUAGAAGGUGCAAAAUGAAUCGGCGCAGGAGCUGCUACAAUUGCUUCAGCGAAAGCUGCUGUCGGUAUUGGAAAUGUUUUCAGUUUCAACAUUCUGUUGCGAGAAAUCAUUCAUUGGCAAAAGAUUUUUUGGUUAUGCUAUUUUGGGACUUGCUUUAAUCGAAGCUAUUGCCUUGUUUUCCUUAAUGAUGGCCUUCUUAAUCCUCCUUGUCUUUUAGAAAAAAAAAGAAAAGAGUGGAAGCGGGCUAGUCCCCGAA